AUGGAAUCUCCAACAACAACAUCGAGACACGCCAGCUUCAACCCCGAGUGGGAGAACACCUACGCGUGCUCCCAAAUCAACGAAAAAAUUGUCUGUCUGCUCUGUGGCCUUGAGCUGUCCACGGAGAUCAGCAUCCAGAGGCAUCACCAGUCCCGUCAUCCGGACUUCUCCGUAAAUUUUCCGUUGAACUCUCAAGUCCGAGUCAGUGAGAUCCUCUCGAAAAAAUCAGAGAUGAGUUCGUCGAUAGAUUUGAAUUUGUGUAAUGACAAUUCAUCGACUCGCGUCCUCAUGUCUUUCCAAGUUGCGCAAAAGCUGGUGAAGGAUCUGGGAAGUUUCGAGGACAUCGAGGUGUACCAGAACUUCUUCGCUGAUGCUAUGAGAGCAAUGUUCGGGAGCACACACCUAGAAGCGAGGAUCAACAGAUUUGUCGAUAAUUUGGAGCUAUCGAGAUCAGCGAUUGCUGAAAGGAUCGAGUCAAUCGCGGAUGAUCUAGAGUCUCAAAUUCUGAAUGAUUUAGCUCAAUGCGAUUAUUUUUCGUGUCAGGUGGUGGCUGCUAGUCAUCUCUCGGAUCAAGUGCAAGUGAUUGUUUUUGUUCGGAUGAUUUUUCAUGAUUUAUCAACUCGUGAGGAUUUAUUCACGAUUUUUUCCGUAUCGAGGAAUCACACGGACCUGGAUCUCCACAAAGCCUUCAAGAAGGAAUUCCUCUCCGUCUGCAUCUCCCUGGAUAAAUUGGCGGGAAUCACCACCGACGGCAGCUCAAUCAUGAGUGGAUUCGUAGCUCAGUGCAGAGCUGAUCCUGAUUUCCCCAGGUUCAAAUCAUUUCACUGCGUUCUGCAUCGGUUAAGUCUUUGCUGUGAAGAGAUUCAAGUGAAACCUGUGAUAACAUCAGCUGAUAAAAUUGUGGAAUUGAUUAUUUCCGAGGGAUCGAAUCAGCGAUUGUCUGAGCUAUUCGGAGAUGAAGACAAUUUGGAUGAGUUAUUCUGUUACUCGGGAGUUGAUUGGCUCAGAAAACGAUCAAUGCUUCAAAAGUUUUACGACAAUUUUGGCGAGAUUGUCGAUUUUUUGAAGACAAGUGAUAAAAUAUUUCCAGAAUUGUGUCAUCCAGACUGGCUCUCCACUCUGGCUUAUAUCGUCGAUCUGAAUCAACUCAUCAGCUGGCAAACACGAGAAAUGGAGGACACGUCGAAUUAUCUCCAUCAGAACUUCGAAUCAAUCGAGGAAUUGAAGUCAGCAAUGGAGUACGCAGUUGAUAGUUUCGAGGACAAUUCAAUCAGCGACUUAUUCCCACGAUUGAAGAAUCUCGUGAGUGAAGACGAUACGCCAUUCGAUAGUGAUAAAUUUCUCGUGCUCACCGAUAAUUUUCUGGAAAGUCUGAUGAAUCGAUUUGGAGACGUCACAGAGACACAAUGGGUCAUCAACUAUUUGCGCUGUUCUCGGUCCAAAAAGGAAUCAUCAGGAAUUGUUUCGUCGGUGAUUUGGGGGUGUCAUCCUGUCAAUUUCUCAGAUAUAGCGAAUGAAAUCGGUAAUUUACCGGUGGAUGAUGACCUGUCACUUUUGGAUUCUGAAGUUGGCACAUGGCAGAGGAUUCUUCAGAGCAAAUCGUACCCAAAUCUUUUAAAAGUCUACAAGAGGAUUCGCUGUUCCUUCACAACCACGAGAUUGUGUGACCGUGCGAUUUUCCACAUGAGCCAGAUCAGCUCGAAACAAUCGGUUUUAUCGAACUGCGAUAUAAAAAAGGCUGUGCUGCUUUGUGUGAGCAGUCGCCAGCCAGAUUUGCAUGGAUUAGCGGCACGAGUAUUGGAUUGA